AUGGCAUUUUUCGAUUUGUUCAUUCCACCAGUUUCUGUGUUCGUGUCGCUAGCGUGUGAUGUUGGGGCUACUGAUUUUAAAAAAUUCACUUCAAAUAAGUUUUUUAAACCUUGGGAUGUUUACUACGCCUUUAGAAGGAAAAAUAGAGUUUGCACCUGUUGUGCAUUUACCAAGGGCAAGCGCAAGGAGUCCCUUAGAUGUGGAUUUGCAGGUCCCUCGUGCUUGCCUAGUGCUUGCCCCAGCGACAUCUGUCACCAAGUACGAGAACUACCUUCUCUGCACGUAGGUGAACUGUUCAGUCUUGGAGCCUCUUACAAGCCACUGUCUUUAGCAUUCCGAAUAGGGGCUUUGAAAAUAAGCAAUAUUGUCCAAGAAACAAUGGACAGCAUUUGGAAUGUCUUGUUUCCAAUCCACAUGCCAAUACCAACAAAAACACAGUUUAUUAAAAUUGCUGAACAGUUUUACCAAAAACGAAGUUUUCCACACUGUUUUGGAGCAUUGGACGCAAAGCACAUCCAAAUAAAAUGUCCGCCACAUUCUGGUUCUGUAUAUUACAACUACAAGAAGUUUUACUCGGUCGUUCUGCAAGCAGUUGUUGACGCGGAUUACAAAUUUAUAAUUAUAGAUGUUGGAGGCUAUGGACAGCAGCAUGAUAGUUCCAGUUUUAGGGCAUCUAGCCUGUACAAGGGAUUUAAAUCUAAAAAGUUAAAAAUACCCGUGGAUACAGAGCUACUUGGAUCGACAGUUAUUUUGCCAUUUGUGUUCAUCGCUGAUGGUGCAUACCCACUGAUGAAGCAUAUAAUCAAGCCCUAUCCUGGUCAUAAUUUACCAAGAGAAAAAAUAAUUUUUAAUAAGAAACUAUCUGCUGCAAGAAUGGUUGUAGAGUGUGCCUUCGGUCAAUUGGCCAAGAAAUUUUUCAUUUUCAACAAAACUAUAGAGCAAUCGCCUAUAUUUGUAAAUAAUAUCGUUAAAUGCGCGUGUUUGUUGCAUAAUAUAAUCAUAGAAAAAUGUAAUAUCAUCGAAUCUGAAAGAGAAGAGCCUUCAUCAGGAUUCAAAAUUGAUAAUAUAAAAGAAAAUAAUGAGGCCAUUGAAGCUCUAGGUAGUGAAGUACGACAAGAAUUUAUGCAGUAUUUUGUACAUAAAAUUUGUUAA